AAACGAAGGGGAAGUUGCACCCACCACCUGCAGUAGAGCAGCGCGCGCGGUUAGAAACAGUUGAACGUUUGCGCACGGCCUAACGUUGUUUUACUUCUUUCACCGGUCGAAUAGGAAAAAAAAGAAACUAUUCUAAAAAGGAAGACUUUACGAAAGUCUCAUCGAAUUAGAAAUUAUUUAGAUACAUGGAAUCGCGAACGCAACUAUAUUCGUCGAUAAAAUAGAAUGCGAUAACGGACUGAUAAAUAACGAUUAAAAACGAUUGUUCUCUUACGUUACGUCGGACGAAUGACGUCACAGAAAGGAUGACCGCGUGGGUGUCUCGCGAAUCGUCUCGACUCUCCGACGGGGCUAAAUUCUCAAAUGCAGUUGAUUCGUAGCAAAUGCGCAUAAUAAGGGAUUUGGAAGGAAAUAAAGAACGAGAGAGUAUAAGUUCUUCGAUUAAAAUCGGUGUCAAAGAGAAAAAAAGAAAGAAAGAAAAACAGAGAGAGAGAGAGAGAGAGAGAGAGAGAGAGGCGAGAGGGAGAGAGAGAAGAGCCGAGCAGUAAUAGUAGUAACACAAAGUACUAUAUUUCAUCCACGAAUCGAUAAUUCGAAUUGGCAGAACGGGUUACGAUAUUAAGGUCCGUCGGCCGAUUCCUAAAAAUAUCAACGAGCGUUACGACGGGUAAGAUUCGAUAGCCUUAUCCACAUCCCUUUUCCCUUCUCUUUGCUGUUCUCUUACCUUCUCCCUCUCCUCCCUCCUCUCUCUUCUAAUCCCCCUCCUCCUCCUCCUCCUCCACCUCCUACAAGAAUUCUCUGUCGUAUCCACUCGAGAGUGACACGGUAGAGUUCGCUCGAGGAGGAACCCACCCCUGAUUCUCGUUUCCCAACCGGCCUCCUCUCCCUCUUGCCCUCGCCCUCGCCCUCACGCGGCCGGCCGUGUGCGAGCUGGCGGUGUGCGAUCGUCUCGCGAUACCAACGAAUAUCGCGAUAUCGACGAGGACGACGAGGACCGAGAGGAGGACGACAACUACGACGUUCUCUAACAUAGACGAUUGACAACAUGUGUGACAUCGCAAACGAAAACGAGAGAAUGAGAUAUCGGCACGGUCGUGCCUCGAUACACCGAAGAAAAUGGCCCUUGCGAUUGGCACUGUUUCUCGUCUAUGUUCUCGUGCAAUUUGUGGGCUCCUCGAAGUUACCAAUCACAUACUCACCCUCCUACUCGUCCUCAACAGAGUACGAGGAAAGUUCGACGUUGGAAUCGACCGUAUCUUCUUACUAUCCAACAUCGACCGAAUUCGAAUUAACGUCCACGAUGAUGCAAACUUCGGUACCAGUGUCAAUUACUGGUGAACAUCCAUCGAGAAAUACGAAGGAAUCGAAGAAUCCUGCAAAGGAGAGAAACAAGAGCGAGAAAAAUAAUGAAAAAACGAAUGCGAAGUCGAGGAUUCGUGAACAAACGAAGGAAGAAUCUAAAGAAAAGGAAACAGAAAAAGAAGCCAAGGCGGCCGUUGGUGCAGCAGCAGGUGCAGCAGCGAGUGCAGCAGCGGGUGCAGCUGCAGCUGCGACCAAAACAAUUCCAAUCACUACCGCUACUAUUCCCACGAUACGAACAACAACUGCUGAAUACGUUCAUCCUACAUGGAGACCAAGAAGAGAAAAUUGUUCACCACCUGCUAUCGAACAGUUCCCACGUCCUUUGAUGGGCCCUGAAGCAAGAAAACAUGGCGGACUUAUCAUACACGUUCUCGUUGCCGUCUACACGUUUCUAGGCUUGGCAAUUGUCUGUGAUGAUUAUUUCGUUUCUAGCCUUGACAGAAUUUGCGAAGAGUUAAGGUUAUCGCCAGAUGUAGCAGGAGCAACUUUCAUGGCUGCUGGAUCUUCAGCACCAGAAUUGGCUACAGUCGUCAUUGGCGUUUUUUUCGCUAAGGAUGACAUUGGAGUCAGUGGAGUCAUCGGUAGCGCCGUUUUCAAUAUAAUGUUCGUUAUAUCGGUAUGCGGUCUUUGUACAACGACCGUUUCCAAAUUGAACUGGUGGCCUCUUGUACGAGAUUGUUUCUUCUAUGCUGUUUCUAUUCUCGUUAUGCUUGGUACGAUCUACAAUGAAACCAUAUCCUGGAUGGAGUCACUCUUCAUGUUGGUCAUGUAUGCGGUAUAUUGCAUAGCUCUCUCGUUUAACGAAAGACUCGAGCGAUGGGCGAAGUCGUACAAUAUUCCGUUCUUACCCAAGGACGACGAGCCAGCCGAAGAAAGCGCUUUGGUUAGUUAUAGAUCCUUGCAAGAAGAUCGAUUAUCUUACACGGGGCCUAAUUCACCUGUUACCGAACAAGCUGCGCAAAUAAAAACUCAGGAAGGAAAUGGUGUUCAAGAAACCGGUGAACAACCACCAGCUCCGAAACCAGCACCCCAAUAUUACAAAGCAAAAGAACCUGAUCCAAACGAGGUAUCGCCACUCGUAAUGCCUACAGAUGGAAGUAAAUGGAAUCUUUUCACAUGGGGUCUCGUGUAUCCUAUUCACUUUAUGUGUCGAGCCACUAUGCCAGACUGUAGGCAAGAAAGGUUUCGAAGUUGGUAUCCUUUCACAUUUUGCGUGUCCAUGGUGUGGAUAAGUUUCUAUAGCUACAUCAUGGUCUGGAUGAUCACUAUUAUAGGUAGUACACUUGGUAUUCCUGACACAGUGAUGGGUCUAACCUUCGUCGCAGCUGGAGUUAGCGUACCAGACGCUCUUUCUUCUUUAGCUGUGAUAAAAGAAGGCCUUGGUGACAUGGCUGUGAGCAAUGCCGUUGGUAGUAAUGUCUUCGAUAUUCUUGUAUGUUUGGGUUUACCGUGGUUCAUACAAACAGCGAUGAUACAACCGGGUUCUCACGUCAAUGUUACUAGCAGAGGCCUAACAUAUUCAACUGUCUCGUUACUCUCAACGGUAAUAUUCUUGGUAGUUGCAACACAUAUGAACGGAUGGAAGUUGGAUCGACGAUAUGGUGUGGUAUUGAUGGCAUGGUACUUAAUAUUCAUCAUCUUCGCGUCACUCUACGAGCUCAAUGUCUUCGGAGAGAUGAAUCCACCAGUAUGCCCGAGCUUCUUUUAAAUGAAAAAAAGGAAGAGAGAAAGAACAAAUAUAGCCAUGAAGUGGAAGGAGACGCACCAUUGAACCUUGCCCUGGAAUUGAUGCGUGAUAAUCCUUCGAAAUAGCCGCUUGCGACCGAUUAAUUUUUCAGGCAAGGGCAAAGCUAAUUUGUCGAAGGGAAGAGCAAGAAAAAAGGAAUAUUAAAACAAAACAAAAAAGAAAUAGAAAAAAAGAGAAAAGAAAAGAAAGGGCAACGACGUCAAAAAGAAAAGAUAGAGGAGCAACAGAAUUAAUCAGUAACGUCGUUUAUAUCUACUUUUUUUUCAACUAAACGUUCAAGAUAGUACGAAAGCAUGAAAGUAGUAGAAGACGAAGACACGCUGUAAUAUUACCGAGCCCUGCACGAAGGAUAGCGAGUUUUUUUUGGUGCUACAUACGUUAUAUAUUAUAAAAAUAUCUCGAAUAGUAUAUUGCUGACACUAGUCGUUUGUACAGCUCGUGACUCGUAUAGUUCCCUUCAGAAUCGGGAAAAUUCUUCCAACGAUCGAUCGAUCGAUCGAGAACGAUCUUCUCGAGAUAAAUUUUGUAGUCGAGCGAUCAUCAUACAGCCGAUAGCUUCCAUUUGAAUAAUAAAUCUGAAUUCGACGACAUCGAAUAAAGGCCUAAAGCCAAUAAUCACUCGAAUCUUCCUCGUCGCUUUUUUUGGCGUCGGGUUGAACCGAGAAGACAAUACAAUUAUCAGUAUUAAGACGCACUUGUUAUUCGACGAGCAUAGAAAAGCAACGGCAGGUGGUCGGGCGACGAAUCGAUCGUACGAUUUGCUUCGUUUUUUCCUAACGAGCACAACGACAAUGCCAUAAAGAAUCUAUACUGGCACUUGAAAAGAAAGAAAUCCUUCUCGAAACGAUUGAUUGAUUCGUGUACGUACGAUAAUGUACACGUAUUAUGUAAUUAAUAUGUAUUAAUUUAUUUAUUUAAGGAUCCUCGUGUCAGCCAUAUAGAACUCUCUUAGAUACUCGUAAGAAUACGUUAUUAUACUCUUAUUGUCAGAUUCUAUAAUAGUUAUAAUUAUUGUUAUAUUAUACUUAUCAUAAUCACGUUUUCAUCGAAAGGAACGCAUCGUCAAAAAAGAUAAUGAUUUUCAAAUCGUAUUCCGAGAAAACGGGUUUCUUCGUGUUUCGACAAAUAUCUCUUCCUUUGACGAUUUUAAUCGUCUCACGAGACGACGGAUGCGAGUGUUUUGUCGCGUUCCUGUGUUCGCCAUUUAUUCGCAUUAUCGUUCGGUUUCCCUAAUUUCAUCGAGUUAACAUCGAUGAAGUCUUAAUCUCGUUAAUAAAUCUAGUUCAGAUUUGUUUCAUUAAUCGCUCGUCCGUCCGUUGUUCUGAAAAACUUAAGACACCCUGUAUCUAACAUUCAACAAUGAAAGGCUAAGAUUCGCGAGAUCAAAGGAAAUACCUUGUUAAUGCGAGCACGUGAUAUAAAUCAUUAUAAUUUGUCAUCAUUUUUUACUUUAUUCUGCUGUUCUUUUCUUGGUUUUUUUUUCUUUGGAUUUAAUAGAAUAAUUUUGACCGAACAGAUCGAACUGUCGUCAAAUCUUUUCUGCUCGAAGGUACUUUAUGGAAUUGCCAUUGAAAGGUAGUAAAAAAUUAAAAAAAAAAGCAAACAAAUAAAAAAAUCAUUUAGAGUAAAUAUAUUUCGACGAUCGCGAUGGAAGGAAAAAAAAGGGGAAGUACGAGCGCGGUGGGGCGUAUAAACGAUUAAAAAAAGACAAUAAUUAACGCAGCCUUAUCCGAUGAAAGUAUCUACAAGUCUCCUAAAAGGAGAAAAAAAGAAAAGAGAGAAUAAUAAAUUAAGAAAGAAAAGAAGAGUAAAAAUACCUGCGCGUUCCUUGAGAUACCAAAUUCGGACGGACUCGAUGUGUUCUCGAUUUCGAAAGUUGUUAUUAUAUUUCGAAGUUGAAUUAUAGAGAAAAAUUAAAAAGAAGAAAUUAAAAAAAGAAAAAAAAAGAAAUUUGGAAUCUCGUGCGGAAAUAAUCGAUAUGGCUUCGUUUUCGGGAUCCUUUGAUCUUUCGAUCUCAACGCGCAGGGUGGCAGAGUCCUUUUCGAAAGAAAGUAAAUGCGUCUUUAAAAAAUAAUAAUAAUAAUAAACCGAGCCAAAAAGGAUUAAAGUAUGCAAAUUUACAUGAAUUAUUAAAGAACAGGAACUCCGACACAUUCCGCCUCCGUCGCUUGGUAAUGUUAUUAUUUAAGAAAAAAGAUAAAAAGAAAUAAGAAAAACGGGAAAGUAAUUUAUCAACGAAAUACUUUUUAGAGUUUUGUGAUAAUAAUAUUAUUAUCAUAAUACGAUCGAUUCGUUCGACCCUACGGACAUGCGACCCUGUAUGCAAUUGUUGUGAAAAAAUAAAAAAAAAAAGAAUUCGAUUACUUUCAAGCGAAAGAUUUUGAACUCUUGAAAGAGAUAUAAGUAAGAAAAAAUGAGAAACAAAAAUGAAAAUGAAAAAAAAAAAGAAGAAUAAUCGGGUAACCCGUGCGAUCUAAGUGAUCGCAAGGAUCGCGCAGAC